UGACCCAACUUAUGAUGUGUUUAUUAGUUUCAGAUGGAGAGAUGUGGGAAGCACAUUUUGCAGCCAUCUUUACGGUGCUUUGCGUAGGAAAACUAUCAGAAUAUUCGCAGCUGGCGAGGAACAAGAGAAAGAAGAGGUGAUUUCCCCAUCGAUCUUGACAGCAAUCAGAUCAUCUAAGAUUGUGGUGAUCAUAUUUUCAGAACAGUACGCCUUCUCAAACCGAUGUUUGGAUGAACUCGUAGAGAUUUUCGAGUGUAAGAAAAGGAUGGAAGAACAGACUGUGAUGCCAGUUUUUUAUCGUGUAGAUCCUUCUGAUGUUCGUAAGCAAACUGGGAAUUUUAUGGCUGCUUUUUCUCACCAUGAAGGAAAUUUCAAAGACAAGGUAGCUAGCUGGAGAUGUGCUUUGUCACAAGCAGGAAAUCUAUCUGGGUGGGAUUCAUCAAGAAUUAGGCCAGAUUCCAUACUUGUUGAGAAAAUUGUCCAAGACAUUUUGGAGAGAUUGAAACUUGCAUCUUAUAGUGUUUCGAGGAGAUCAUUGGUUGGAAUAGAUUCGAGAGUUGAGAAGGUUGUGCGUUUGUUAAGUAUUGGUCAGAUGUCUGAAUUUCACAUGGUAGGAAUCUGGGGCAUGGGAGGUAUUGGUAAGACUACCAUUGCCAAUGAAAUUUACACCCAAAUUUGUAGUCAUUUCGAAGGUUGUUGUUUCCUUAAUAAUGUCCGGGAGUCAGCACUUAAGGGUGAUCUAGUUCAUCUAAGGAAGAAACUCUUUUCGAAACUGUUAAAUGAGGAAGUUUCUGAUGAAGGUACACCUACUAUAGGAUCUCCUUUUAUUCAACAUAGGCUACAAAACAAAAGGGUUCUUGUUGUGCUAGAUGAUGUGAAUGAUCCACAACACUUAGACUUUUUGUUUGGAGGACUUGAUCAUCUUGGUGGACCAGGAAGUCGAGUAAUUAUAACAACUAGAGAUAGACAAGUUCUUAAUUCUUGCAACAUUCAGGCGGUUUAUGAGGUACCGAAAUUAGAUAAUGAUGAAUCUUUUAAGCUGUUUUGUCGACAUGCAUUUCAGCACCACCUCUUAAAAGAUCUCGUUGGGCUAUCCAACAAGGUGAUUCAAUAUGCACAAGGUGUUCCGUUAGCUCUGGUGGUCUUGGGCUCAUCUUUACGUGGCCAGGACAAAAAAUACUGGGAAGGUACAUUGAAGAAGCUUAAAAAUGUGCCAAAUCCGAAAAUCCUGGAUGUCCUGAAAGUCAGUUAUGAGGGAUUGGAUUGUGAAGCUAAGGAAAUAUUUCUUGAUAUUGCAUUUUUUUUCAAAGGGGAUAAGAGGGAUGUUAUAACAAGAGUGCUGGAUGAUGAGUAUUUCUCCAUAGAUUCUGGGAUAACUGUUCUUCUUGACAGGUCUUUAAUUACUUUAGAGUUUGAAAAUAUAACUAUGCAUGAUUCAUUGCAAGAAAUGGGAUGGGAUGUUGCUCGCCAAGAAUCUAAGAAUCCAAAGAAAAGGAGGAGGCUUUGCUAUCCGGAGGAUGUGCGUAACCUCUUGGCAAGAAAUGAAGGAAGUGAAACAAUCAGAGGAAUAUCUCUCGAGUCAUCAGAAAUGAAAGAGUUGAGCUUAGCACCUGAUGCAUUCGCAAAGAUGUGUAAUCUUAAAUUUCUAAGAAUCAGAUGUCACACACUAAAACUACCUUCUGACCUUCAAUCCCUUUCUGACGAGCUGAGAUACAUUUCUUGGGUUGGAUACUCAUUGAAGUCCUUGCCUGCUAAAUUUUGCGUGGAGAAACUUGUCAAACUUUACAUGUUAGAGAGCAGCGUCGAACAACUAUGGAGUGGAACCCCUAAUCUUGCUAGCUUACAAGCUCUGGAUCUUGCUUAUUCUAAGAACUUAAAGGAAAUCCCAGAUCUUUCUCAAGCCAAAAAUCUGGAAAUUAUGAGAUUUUCAGAAUGUGAAAACCUGAUUGAGGUCCCCUCAUCCAUUAAACAUCUCAAGAAACUUGUUGAUUUGGAUUUGAGUGGUUGCGUAAAUCUUAAGAAGCUCCCAGACAGCAUUUGCAUGUUGGAAUCCCUCGAAGUGCUUCUACUUGAUGAUUGCCCAAAACUUGAGACUUUUCCAGAUAUCACGGAGACUAUGAAACAUUUAGAGAUGCUUGGUUUAGAAAAGACAGGUAUAGAAGUAUUACCUCCCUCAAUUGAACUUCUUGAAGGGCUUGAAUAUUUGGGAUGGACAGGAGGUGGUGAUGAACAAAGUUUAGAUUUACAGGUAUCACAAAUUCCUCAAGGCAUUGGUUGUUUAUACUUAUUAGAGCAUUUGGACCUUAGUGGAAAGAAUAUCGAAACAAUACCUGCAAGCCUCAAACAACUAUCUAGGCUUAAACUGCUUAACUUGAACAAUUGCACAAAGCUUCAAUUCUUACCUGAUCUUCCAACCCAACUGGAAAAACUAUAUGCUUAUAACUGCACUUCACUGAGAGUAUCAAGUGACCAGCCUUUCUUCAUUGCUGUACUCUUCGGGUACUACGUGUUCAUUGAUUGCUUCGAAUUAGAUGCAGAACUGAUAAUUCAGCAUGUGGGAGAAGAAUAUAAGAAGAUAUUUCAGCAACAAGAUAAGCAGGAUCUUCGAGGAAAAUUUUGUAUUUCUUUACCUGGAAAUGAAGUGCCAGAGUGGUUCCAUCAUCAAAGUAGAGGAUCUUCAGUCAUUAUUCAGCCCAGUGUUUAUGCGGAUGGCGAACCAAUUAUUUCUUGUUGGCACUACAGAUCUUGUGUAUCAGAAUAUACGACCUUAUUAUAUCUUCGAGAAACAGAUUAUUGUAUUGAUGAUGAGAUGGUAUUUGAAGUCAGCAUUCGUCCCGGCGAUGGUAAUAUUCUGACUGUGAAAAGCUGUGGGGUUCAUGUGCUGGAAGGAAAUCCCAGUAUCAGUUUUAAUCAGGAAGAAGUACCAGCAGCUAAAAGGUUGAAAAGAAGUACCAGCAGCUAAAAGGUUGAAAAGAACAAUCCCAUUGAUGACAGGGUAAAAAGUAGCCUUUGUUCCUUACCAGUUAUAUACAUGUUUCCCUUAAGGGAAUAUGUAUAUUUUUCUUUUUAUAUGGGUGUGAGCUGAGUUGUGCAUCCUGUAUGUUUUUGUUAAGAAGUUGUGUUAUUAUGUUCUUAUAUGUUUAGUA